AUGGAUCUUCCAGUGUCGUGUAGUUUUACUGAUCAAGCUAAGCAACGUGAAAUCCAUCAGAGAAAAAUUAAUAAGACAAUUAUUGAAAAUCGCAUAAAAACCAAAGCACUCCGCAAAGCUAAGCGUAAUGUACGCAAACAAACAGACGUCUGUCAGUCUAGUGUAACAGCUCACCAAGAAAUCCAAUAUAUACCGCUGACGUAUAAGGAAAAGUCAAAUGUAAGGUUGUCACUUCCAACCAACCAAACAAAGGACUAUCUAGAAGAAGAAUUUAACUGUCCGGGAUAUUUUAACACAUCAGAUCAUCUUCAGUUUGAUGAAGACGAUGGCGACCAACCUUCCAUACAAAAUAAAUCCUUGGACAUAUCAGCCAGCUGUUCACCGAACGAGAGUGAACUACUAUACGGCAACGAGUCCGAUGAAGGGUAUGAUGGCAGUGAAGAGCACGAUAAGAAUAAAUCAAAGACAAUACUUUUUGACAAUGUUGAUUGUUUUACAAUUAACACUUUGAAAUCCAAGGGAUCUGAUUUUGAAACACGAAAUCAUAAGUCAUGGAAAAAAAUAAACAGGUUGGAUGGGGUUCAUGUUCGAAUGCUGGACAGCGCAAAUAUUGAAAACACAGCUCGUCAAAGAUGUGACAGUUUUCGAAAAGACCAAUUGUAUUCCUCUUCGUAUUCCGGGAGGUAUGGAGAUGUUAAACGAGUCACACCAAGCUUACUGAAAAACUUAUCAAGAAAAAAGAAAGCUAGAGCUGGAAUGCGUUAA